UAUUUUUUGAGUAUUGAUUUUGAUAUCUCAAAUUCCAGAAUGGAAUGAAAGAAAGAAGAAAAUGAAAGAAAAAGAAAGAAAAAGAGAGAAAAGCGGAAGAAGUCUUGUAUGGGAGGCCACAUAUAUUUACAGCAAAUCAAUUUUCUCUGUCUUUUCUCAUUCUCUCUCUCUUUCCCAAAAAUCAUAUGAAACACAUUAUAUGCAAAUUACCAUUUCAAUUCAUCUACAAAGCCAACUUUUUGAAUCAUACCCGAAUUAAUUCAAAUCAAAUCAAGCUCAAAAAUCAUUUUCAUUCUUUAUUUUUAAUCCAAAAUCAUUAAAAGGUGUUACCUUUAAUAGAAAAAUCAACCAAUUUUGAGUUAAAAAUAAGAAAAGAUAAUGUCUUGUUCAUCAUCUUCUGGAUCAGAUGAAGAAGAGGAGUUUGAAUCAUAUAGAAAAGGAGGUUAUCAUGCAGUUAGAGUGGGUGAUUCUUUCAAUGGUGGACGUUACAUUGCUCAAAGGAAAUUGGGUUGGGGACAAUUUUCAACUGUUUGGCUUGCAUAUGAUACUAUUAAGUCUAGUUUUGUGGCUUUGAAGAUUCAGAAAAGUGCUCAGCAGUUCGCUCAGGCUGCUCUUCAUGAAAUUGAAAUCCUCUCCGCGAUUGCUGAAGGUGAACAAUCACAUUCCAAGUGCGUCGUUCGAUUGAUAGACCACUUCAAGCAUACAGGCCCAAAUGGACAGCACCUGUGCAUGGUUCUCGAGUUUCUUGGGGAUAGCUUGCUUCGUUUAAUUAGAUACAACCGUCACAAUGGUCUGGAUUUGAAUAAAGUUAGGGAAAUUUGCAGAUGCGUUUUGAUAGGAUUGGAUUAUUUACAUCAAGAACUUAAUAUAAUCCACACUGACCUAAAGCCCGAAAACAUUCUUCUCAAUUCUCCCAUUGAUCCCGCCAAAGAUCCCGUCAAAUCUGGAUUUACCCCAAUUCUUGAAAGGCCUGAAGGAGGAACGAAUAACGGUGGAGGAGUAUCUAUGAGUUUGAUUGAGAAAAAGCUUAAGAGAAGGGCAAGAAUGGCAGUUGCCCGUAUAUCUGAGAGGCGGGCCUCCAUGGGCGUUACACAAAACCCGAAACCCAAAAGAUCUCUGGAGGGGAUUGAUAUGAAAUGCAAAGUUGUAGACUUUGGCAAUGCGUGUAGGGCCGAUCAACAAUUCAUGGAAGAAAUACAGACAAGGCAAUAUAGAGCUCCGGAAGUUAUUAUUCGUUCGGGCUAUACUGUGUCUGCUGACAUGUGGUCAUUUGGUUGCACAGCGUUUGAGCUUGCUACUGGAGACAUGUUGUUUGCUCCUAAAGGAGGCCAAGGAUUUACGGACGAUGAGGAUCAUCUUGCCCUGAUGAUGGAGCUUUUGGGAAAAAUUCCUAAAAAGAUAGCUAAUGGAGGAGCGCGUUCCAAAGACUUCUUUGACAGAUAUGGGGACCUAAAGAGGAUCAGAAGACUCAAAUUCUGGUCACUCGAUCGACUACUAGUUGAGAAGUACAAGUUCUCCGAAGAUGAUGCCCGUGAUUUUGCUGAUUUUUUACACCCCAUCCUAGACUUUGCUCCAGAGAAGCGACCUACUGCCGAGCAAUGCCUGCAGCACCCUUGGCUUAACCUUAAUCUGACUUCUAACGAUAGUUCUACCGAUAAAAACUUGGCUACUGGGAUAAAUAAACUUAAAAUUUAGGCACAUUUCUCUAAGAGAAGAUCACAUAUACUGUAUUUUCAUCUCUUGUACUUCUUGCACAGUGAAGUUACCCCAUGAUUUUUGGUUUUGGCUUGCCUUUGGCCUCCAAUAAGGUUACAUUUAUCUCUAUACCGGUAUCCUCCUUCCUUCCGUCCCUCUUUUUUUUUUUUCCGUGGUCGUCGUAAUAUUUUUUUAAACCUGAUGUAAUAUAGUGAUUUCGAACUUUUUGAGUGCGGAAACGACACAAUAGCGAGGAUUUUGGUCACAGUUUCUAGUUUUAAAUAAUGUAUAUCGAGUGUUAAAUGAAUGUGGAAAAAUGUUAUCGCUCU